UCCCCACAAUUUUAAUUCAAUAUUAGCAACAAAAUAGUCAGUAUUGCAUGAGAGGAUAAGACAGAGGAUAGUGAUUUUAUUAAUAUUUUCGUCGUCGUUGUGUUAUAAAAUUCUUAAACCACCUGACGUAGAUUGAUACUUUUCCGGGCGUUUAAAUGUUCUUCCAUGGGGCUAGGAAAGCAUUACUAAAAUAAACGGACAGACAGACGAACGAGUGAUCUUAAAAGGGUUUCGUUUCGGACGUACAGAACCCUAACAGGAGAACCAACUUGACAUUGUAGUUGCAAAAAAAUCUUCUCCCAUAAAUUGAAACUGCAAAUGUAAAAAAGAAGAUGAGUAUCACACUGAAAAUUAUCAUUUUCCAAUUGUUUUUAUUGGCCUCAGACUGUCAAGAUGCAGAAGAAAACAAUCCAAACUGCAAUACUAACAUAAGAGAAGAAAUGGUAAGAAAGUAUCAUUAUGGUGAUUAUGAACAUCUAAAGACAUUGAAUUGCUAUAAUGUCUCUGAAAUUUCUGAAGGAUUCUUUGAGAAAUGGCAAUCAAAUCCACAGUACAUUGACCAAAUUUCUUUUAUGAAUAGUCAUCUUGAUACACUUCCAGCGUUAACAUUUAACAAGUUGUAUAAUCUAAAGGAGAUUUCCUUAAAAGCAGCUGGUAUUACAAUUUUAGAGGUAGGCUGCUUUGUAGGCCUAAAAGAACUCAAUAUAUUACAACUGGAUGGAAACAACAUUGAAGUACUUGAAAAAGGAGUACUACGGAAUCUUCCGACUUUAACAACGUUAUAUCUCUCUAACAAUCAGCUACACACAAUUCAUAAAGAUUCUUUUAAAGGCCUUAUAAAUCUGAAAGAACUCUUUUUAAAUGGUAAUAAUCUGUACUUCUUACUUGAUGAUUUAUUCUCACCUUUGAAUAAUGUUCAAAAGAUUGAUCUUUCAAGAAAUUAUUUAGAAACACUUAACGCUAGUACAUUCGACCACUUAGUACAACUAAAGUAUUUGUAUAUAAAUAGCAAUAGAUUAAAGUACCUUCCACCAUAUUUAUUCAAAGAUCUUUCAAUGCUAAUUGUACUCGACAUUUCUAAUAACAUAUUAACAGAUAUUUCGUCAGGGAUAUUAUCUGGACUUGAUAGCUUAACUUACUUCAAUGUUUCUCAUAAUCAACUUACCACAUUUAAAUCGAAUAAUCUUUAUUAUCUUAGUAAUUUAGUGGAAUUAAAUGUAGCAUACAAUUACAUUAGUUCUCUAAAUACAGAUGAAUUGACAAUUUAUUUGCCAAAUUUGAAAGAAAUCUACUUACAUGAAAACAACUGGACAUGCGACAUGCUGUUAAGUAUUUUUAGAGCAUUUAGGAUGAUUAAUGUGCAAGUCCAGCCAGGGAAUAAUUACCAUGAAGAAGGAAGUUUAAUUGGAAUUCCAUGUACUAAGCUGUCCAUAAAUUCUUCAUUCGCAUCAAUUACAAAUGAUAGUAGUGGACUAUCAAUACAUAAAACUGAUGAAAGUAGAUUUUUGCAAUAUAACCAUAUUCUGUUAGAAAUCGCUGGAAGAAUUUCAAACAAUAACCAUCUAAUGGAGCAGUUGAUACACGCAAACAUAAACAGCUCUGAAAGCAUUCAAAUCAUCGCCGAUAAAGUGCAGAACAGUGCAAUAAACGCAAAAUCCUCUGACAUGUACCACUUGCCAGGCCAAAACAUAUCCGACUCAAUAGAACGUACAAACAUUCUUUUAGAAAGUAUAAUAAACGAAUUACGAAUCGAGCACAGUAAUACCAUGAAUAUUCUGCAAAACUUAGCAAAUCAUUCGACAGUCAAUCAAGAUACUCCACGACUAAAUAGUGUUAAUCCACAGCCUCUUCAACUUAACCAAAAUGUUCCACUUGGUUCACCCAACUUGGAAAUUGUUAAGUUCAUGAACAACAUGAAAACAGAAACGAAAACUAUUUUAGACAUCUUUAUGCAUAACAUAUCUCAAACUAUCGCUUCAAUCCAAACGAAGAUUAACGAGCCUGCCAACUCUCAGAAUAAUUACAAAAACCAACUCAUUUCUGAACGUCUCCAAAAAAACCCUUCAACAUCCAGCGCUGGAAGUGGGAACAUUGCCGUGAUUGUUUGUUUGUGUAUUGUUGUUAUUAUUCUGAUUAUAAUAUUAGGAAUUGUUUAUAUUCAAUACAAGAAGGGAACCUGUGUAGCUAAUGGUCUGAGACGUGGCACAUCCAACAGGCCACUGGGAAACAAAAGCGAUACCGAUCUCAUAGCCAGCAGCACAUUCUCAAACUCUGAGGUCUAAUAUUAUUGCCCAAAUGUUGUCACUUUUAAUGAAAUUUCAGCAGACGUAUGUAAAAAUCUAAUUUUUAAUUUCGAUUACUUGUUAUUCAAUUUGUGUAUUGUUUAAAACCAAAUAUAAAGCUUGAUAUUAUAAUGUUAUUAUAUAUUAUUAUAAAUUGA